AUGUCUGUUCAAGAUUUGGGUCCCAAUGGUGCCGGUAUCACAACACUUAUCAACAUUGGUUUCAAAGAUGCCCCAUACGGUGUCCCAGGAAACAGUGAUGCCGGAGCAAUGAACUCAUGGCUUCUAUGGCAGAUGCUUGGGAUCUACCCAGUUGUCACGCAGCCCGUUUACUUGAUUUCAUCUCCAUGGUUCCCCGACCUCAAUAUGACCAUUAAUGGAAAUCAGACCCUGCGGAUCACCGCGACAGGACUAGAUCGGGGGUACUAUGUGCAAAGCGUGAGGAUAAAUGGCCAGCCCUGGCAGAAGAAUUGGUUUGAGCACCAAGAUCUCAUGGAACAAGGUGGUAGCAUUGAGUUCGAACUUGGCCCUGAAAUGAAGGCUUGGGAGACCGGCAGCGUACCUCCUUCGCCGGGACACACCACGAUGUGA